GACGAGGGAGAGAGAAAAAAAGCCCCCAAAGUUUGGGGCGAUAUUUAAACUCCACAAGACCGCCCACGCUUUCGCUCUCUCUCUCUCGCCAGCUCUGAGUGAGAUCCACUGUGUUGCCACAGUCCUUCGCACUCAGUCUCCCUCACCCCACCCGCCCCAUCUCUCUCGCUCUCUCCUUAUCUCUCGCUGGCUCGCUCCGAGAGAGCGGCGGUGGGUUCGCAGCUCGGUGCUAAAUGGAAGAGCGCCGGGCGGUGGGAGGGCGGUUGCGCGCAGUGGAGCGGAUUUCUUAGAAAAUAAACAGCAGCAGCACCACGAGCGGCAAGCAGGAUCAGCAUCAUCAUCAGCAGCAGCAGCAGCGGUGGUGGUGGCAUCAGCAGCGGCAGAUGCAGCAUCGGCCGCAGUAGCAGCAGGAGCAGCAUCGGCAUCAUCAGCAGCAUCAGCAGCAGGAUCAGCAUCAGCAGCGGCAGAUGCAACAUCGUCAGCAGCAGCAGCAGCAGAGGACGAGGUCGCAACCGCUGACAACAACGACGCCCACCAACAUCUACUGUCGUUCUCUUGAACUCAUUCUGAUUUUACUACACAUCGAUUAGUGUGUAUAUAUACCCACACACACACAUAUAUAUAAACACACACAUUAAUAGGUAUCAAUCGUUUCGCGGCGUGCCGGCAUCGUUUGACGGCGCAUCGGUUCGUCAUCCAUCGCACCACUUCAACUCAACUCGACCAACAACAACAAAUUAAAUAUCGGGACAUCUGCCUCGUUACCUCCUUAGCUUCCACGCCAUCUCUCAUCUAGCCACAGGCACCACCACGCGCCAACAACAACGACGACAACAACAACAACAACACGCGAGCGGCGACGAUGCAGACCCAGUACCCGGUGUCGAACCCGACAAGCGCGCUCAGCGUCAUGCCGUACCUAAACGAGCAGAACUACUACCUGGGCACCCAUCACGGCUACGGCGCCGUGAGCACCCAGAUGAGCGUCCACUACGCGCACGAUCAGUACGCCGGAGGUCUCCACGGCCGCCCGUACGGUCCCUACUCUCACCACGCCGCCGCCAAGGACAUGGUCAAGCCGCCCUACUCCUACAUCGCGCUCAUCACCAUGGCCAUCCAGAACGCGGCCGACAAGCGGAUCACUCUGAACGGCAUCUACCAGUUCAUCAUGGAGCGCUUCCCCUUCUAUCGCGAGAACAAGCAAGGGUGGCAGAACUCGAUCCGACACAACCUCAGCCUCAACGAGUGCUUCGUGAAGGUGGCACGAGACGACAAGAAGCCGGGCAAGGGCAGCUACUGGACCCUCGAUCCGGACUCGUACAACAUGUUCGAGAACGGCAGCUUCUUACGCAGGCGCCGAAGGUUCAAGAAGAAGGACGCGGCCAAGGAGAAGGACGAUCGAGACACGAGGCAGGGCGGCGGCGGCGGCGAUGGGAAGGUAACCGGACACAGGGCGCUUUCGCCCGCCGAGAAGAAGCCAGAGCCACUGGUGGGAGGAGGUGGUGGUGGUGGUGGGCGAAUGUCCUCGCCAUCGGCAUCUCCUCCGGCGAUGGCCGUGGUGCCCAAGAUCGAGAGUCCCGACAGCAGCACGGGGAACAUUCUCACCGACUGCGUCGAGGCGGGAGGAGGAAUGGGCUCAGCGGUCGUGGCGACAACGGGGCCCGGUGCCAUUCUCAUGAAUCACGGAGCGUGCGGCGGUGGUGGUGGUGGUGGCGGUGGUGGUGGUGGCGGUGACAAUGAGUUGAGUGGAUUCAGCGUGAAGAAGAUAAUGACCCUGGCGCGCGUUUCUCCAAACCACCAGCACCACCACCACCAUCAUCAUCACCACCACCACCACAACCAGCAGCAGCAACAACAGCAGCAACAACAACAACAGCAGCAACAUCAACAAAGUCAUCACCAUCAGCAGCAUCAGCAGCAGCAUCAUCACCAUCAGCAGCAGCAGCAACUAGAGCUCAGCCGACCGUCAAUUAUCGGCUCUCACCCCAAGGCCCUCUACCCGUCAUCCGCUCAGCUGAGCCCCUACGGUUCGACUCCCCCUUCCGUGUCUCCUUCGUGCGGGCAAAACCAGAGCCAUCUCGCGUCGUGCGCCUCGACCAGCACGUCGGCGUCCGCCAAGAACUACCACUGCAGCGUGCAAGCCAUGAGCCUCUACGCCGGCGAGAGGUCGUCCGACCACAGCCACAACGCCAUCGGGUCGGGCCACGCAGCGGGAGCCGUGGACGAGACGCUGGGCGGUGGCGGUGCCUCGGGAUCUCUGGCCAGCACUCUGGGACUGCUGGGUCAAGCGUCCGAGCAAAGCAUGGGCGGCACCUCCGCGAAUUCCCAACUGCAGCAAAUGCAGCGAGCUGGAUUAGGAGGAGGGAUCGGAGGAAUCGGCGGAGGAGGUGGAGUAGGAGGAGGAGGAGGAGUAGGAGGAGGGCAUCACUAUUCCGUAGCCGCCACGGGUCGGCCACCCACAGCGGGACCUGCAACGGCAGCUGCCGCCGCAGCCGCCGCCCGCUGGUACCUGGGGCAGGCGGCUGCCGCCACGGGAGAUCUGCCCCAGCUGCCCGGGCAGUCGUACGCGGGGCAGGGGCAGGCGGCCGCGGCGGCUGCGGCUGCCGCUGCGGCUGCGUUCGCCCUGGACGCCGCCGCCGCUUCGCGCAUGGCUCUGCACGACGGAGCGAACGCGGGCGGCGGCGUCGGCGGUGGCGUCGGGGGUGGCGUCGGGGGUGGCGUCGCUUCGAGCGGCGGGGCAGCCGGCUGCCAGAUGUCGCCCUUCCGCCUGGCGCCGCCGCUCUACGGCUCGGCGGGGAGUCACUACGGCGGGUACGACUGCGGGAAGUACUGACCGGGGGGCGACGGGCGGGGUCGCUGGAGAGUGAG